AUGCUAUUUGCCAUUCGGAGAAACGGGGGGGCGUUGUGCAGCAUUCUGCCAUGCAGGAGUCUUGUGGUCUGAGCAGAGACCAAAAUUAAGCAGCUUUCGACUCUUCUGGGUUUACUUGAUUUUAGGGUAUGCUAUGACUGGCUUCAGACUCCCCAUCACUGCUUUUAGAAAACUAAAUGUCUGGUUUGGACUGUGGGAGAAAUUCCCCUCUAAUAAACUGUAUCCCUCUUGGAGGAGAAGCAUAUUCUGUAGCUGUCAAGCAAGCACAGUAAACUACAGAAGAUGUUUCAGUUUUUCCCCAGUAAAACUCUGUGCACUAAGACUUUCUCCAGAGUAUAUCUCAGUACUUUCUCUGCGGAACAAAAGUAACAAAAGCUCGAAAAGGAGCAGACAAACCAUACAAGAAGAAGAGGAAGAAGAGGAUGAAGAUGAAGAGGAAAGUAAUUUGGAAGAUGAAUUUCAAAAUGAUCCCAACGUAGUAAAAGAUUACAAAGAUCUUGAAAAAGUAGUACAGUCUCUUCGAUAUGAUGUGAUCAUGAAAGCUGGUCUAGACAUUGCAAGAAAUAAAGUAGAAGAUGCAUUCUACAAUAAUGAACUCAGGCUGAAUGGAGAAAAACUGUGGAAGAAAAGUAGAACUGUGAAAGUUGGUGACACGCUGGAUCUCCUAGUAGGUGAAGAUAAAGAAACAGGAACUGCUGUAAUUAUGCGGGUAGUCUUAAAAAAAGUAUCUAACAAAACUGAAAGUGAAAAAUACAAAGUAAUUUUGAGGCGUUGGAAAAACUUGAAAGUGCCCAAACAGGAUGUACUUAAGUAACAGGGGGGUUGCAUGUGGCAGCAUAAGAUUUUUGCAGAAAACCGUAUUUGUUGUUAAAUAGGAAUUUUGGUUAAACAAAAUUACAGUACCCUUUUUUAAGGGCUUGUGUCAGAAUGUUAUCUCCCUCUGCUGCGUACAUCAAUAUUCAUGCAAUAAGCCUGUCACUUUUUGCUGUUAGUUUUGUUUCAUGGUAUUGUGGGAUGAAAGAUCCAACCCUUACAUUUCCAGGCAGUUUCCUUACAGGUGUUACAAAUAAUGAACCAAUAAAGACUAAUUUGAUCACU